UGUGGAGUGACAACAUGGCUUAGAAAUAGCAGCAGGGCUUCUAUAAAAGACAUAGACGGGCAUGGUCCCAGACACAGACAGCAGAGACCACCAGACCAUCACCAUCACCACCACCACAGAGACAAGAGAGAGGAGAGAGCUGCCUGAACCGUCACAGAUUACCUUGGCUAGCAACUACAGACAGACAGAUAGUCCAGAGAGAAAAACACCGAACGCAGAGAUACCAAGACAGACAGAUAGAGGAGUCCGAGAAACUACCGGAGGUGAUAAAACCGAUAUAAGGACAGAACUUCACCCACACGGAACCGUGAUAAUGCAGGUGUGUACCGUUGUUGAGAAGCGUGCUGGGGCCGUGGUGGGGGCUGAGCUGGCCUGCAGCGUACGGGAGGAGAACAAGGCUCAGAGGGAGAGCUACAAAGCCGACUGGAACAGUGUUAACAUGAAGACCCGAGCCAUGGACAGGCAGACGAUGAACAUGAACGAUGACUCUCGUCGGGAGACCUACACUCGUCAGUGGGAAGCUCGCUCUCUGACCCAGGCCUGUCCCUCGGGGGUGUACAGAGUGGGCACCGUGGAGAGGGGUGUGAGGGAGCACCAGCUCCUGCCCAAGAGGAACACCCUGCCCCUGCCCAUCUUCACCCCUGCACAGCUGGGCAUCCGGCUGGGCCGCGGAGCACCACACACCCAGGAGGACCUCCGUCCCUUCCCCAUCCCCGACGGCGCCUGCCCUGGCAAGAGGGCCGUGGUCGAGAUCACACAGGACCUGCCCCCCGUCAAGCCACUCAGGAUGGAGUUCGCCAAGGCGCCCAAAGCACUGGGCCGCUCCAUGUCACAGGAGGUCCAGAGAGGGUGAAGGAAGAGGAGAGGAAGAGGAAGAAUGGAUGUUAGGGAGAAAGAUUCAUUGUGGGGCUCAGCCCAUCAGAUAACAGCAUGGAGGGGUGUGUAUAGAUUUAUACCUAGUAACAUUUAUUCCAUCCCUAUUCCCUAGUAGAGCCGUCACACAGUGCAUACCUUUCCUGUUUCAUUACUGUAGGUAUUACAUGUCCAAUGUCGUACUGUUUGUUAUACAAGGUAUUAUUCGCUUAGAGAUCUGAUGGCAUCUUUUGACUGACAGAAAGGCAGACAAAUGCUCUGUUCUUUCAGCUGUGCCAUAAACUCAUCUCCCUGCUGACUGGAAAAGACCAGACUGUCCUUGUCACGUCUACACACUGAAUGAACUGUCUCUGCCCCCCUACCUGGCUAAAGCCAGCUGUGGAUAAGCCACACAGCGUAGUAUGGCAUUCUGACCGCAUUGUAUGCAGUGGUACAUUCUACCCCACUUGUCAUAUUAUGGCAAUGACACCUCACAGUAUUGAGACAGCAGGAUGUUUUAUAUGCUCAACCAAUGUGUGUAUGAGGAUGUAUUUAUUGAUGUAUUCAUGUGGAAUGACCAUGCACAGAUGAGGGAGGUGAAGGAAGGGAAAUAUGAAGAUAUCAAAGAUGCUUCAAAAGGGACAGAGUGGGAGAUAGCAGAAGAGAAUUGGAACUGUAGAGAGGAAAUGAACAAGAAAGUGGGCAGGGAGAGAGGGGUGGAGGGGUGGGCUCAACAUACCUUGGCAUCCAUCACUCUUCUUUUGUAACAAUGGAGAGCUGGUGAGCCUCCAGACCUUCAGAAGUCCUUGACACACUCUAAUCCUGGGUGAGAGGACAGAACGGUACAACGCCAUCCCACACUGGGAACCCAGACAAAGGAGCCCCCUGGGCACAGACGUCAAUUCAACAUCUCUUCCAUGUUGGUUCAAUGUCAUUUCAUUGAAAUGAUGUGGAAACGACGUUGAUUCAACCGGUGUGUGCCAAGUGGGAGGUGUCCCGCAUCAUGACUCAAGUCAUUGAUAUAGACUGACUGAGUAUGAUCAAGACUUAUUGUCUACAUUUUAACAACGUGUAAUUUGACUGUGUAUGAGCUGUUCUGCCCACCUAGCUGUGUUUUAAUGUUGACAUCUGAUGUACAGCAUCUGAUGUAUCUGGUAGAGUUAGUGAACAGAUCAUACAGAAUGAUGUGUCUCUACUGUUGUUGAGGAAAGUGGGGUAAGUUGAGCCAUUUCUUACGUUCAGCAUCACUCUGUCAAGGGAAAUAUAGUAUUCUUUCUAACAAAGAUAUCUACAUGUAUUUCAGGAUGUUGUGUAUCCCUGGAAAUAAACAGAAUUAAUGUUAACAUGAUAGUUUUGAAAGCAUAGUUUGUCCCAAAAAAAAGUGGUCUCUUGGCACAACUUAGUUGAGCCGGGGGCCGGGGGCCGGGUAAGUUAAGCCGUCUACAAAUUUCUGUACUGAAUGAAAUAUUACCACUACCUGUUUCCCAAAUACAAUUCAACACCAUCACAAUUGCUUUUUUGUCUUGUAGUAAUUUUAAGCAUCUUUUAACACUUGCCAUUGGCUCAACUUACCCCAUGGCCAUUGGCGCAACAUCCCAAGGCAAAUAUUUUGACAAUAUCAGCCCACACAGUUACAAGGAUGCACUUUCAUGCUAGGUUUAGGACCUCAUAUUGUAGCUUAUAGAGACCCCUCAUUAUGUAUAGAACAAUUUUUCACAGACUCCAUGAAAUGAUGACCUCUUCCUAAAUAUUUAGUCAAAUUAUUAAUUUUGUGUAUGGUUUCCAAGAAACAGCUAACCUCUUUGGCUCAACUUAUCCCACUCUCCCCUAUCUGUUUUCAUGUGUUGUGUUUAAAAUGUUUUUAGAAUUAUUUUUGUAUAAUAAAAUCUGAAGUGCUUUUCA